GGCGCGUUUCGCAAUCGACGUAGUAGCAGUAGCAGUACUGCAACCCUAUCUAAUUUUGCUUUACUGCAGCUACGGUAGUUGAUUCCGAAACAAAUACCUCUCGAAACUUCGCAGUCCCAUAACUGCAUUGAUCCCAUUAUUCUCGUGUCCAAGGAGCAACAUGUCAGUCAUUUUUAUCACCGCAACAACGGCUGUUAAUCGACUCAUAGGGAAUAUUGGAAGCCAUUAUUUUUCGACAAUGGCACAAGCCCUGAAAACCCACGAGGUAGUUCCCGAUGUGAUUGAUCAGGUUCCACCGGCUGUCGUCGACGUUACCUAUCUGAAUAACCUCAAAGUUGAGAUUGGCAAGGAGCUCACUCCUACCCAGGUGAAGGACAAGCCGGAGGUCAAGUGGAAUGCUGAGGCUGGUGAAUUUUACACUCUAUGCAUGACCGAUCCUGAUGCACCAUCCCGCAAGACUCCAACAUUCCGUGAAUGGCACCACUGGCUAGUGGCAAACAUCCCCGAGAACCGAGUAUCCGAGGGUGAAGUGCUCUCGGACUACAUCGGCUCAGGUCCCCCCAAGGACACUGGUCUCCAUCGCUACGUGUUCCUCGUGUACAAGCAGCCCGGAAAACUGGUAUUCGACGAGAAGCGCCUGACCAACAGGAGUGGAGAUGGUCGUGGAAAGUUUUCCAUCAGGAAAUUCGCGGAGAAGUACAAGCUGGGGCAGCCCAUUGCUGGAAACAUGUACCAAGCAGCAUGGGAUGACUACGUCCCAAUUCUCUACAAACAGCUUGGAGAUUGAGUUCCACACUUCCAUUGAUUUUUUGAUUAUUUUUUUUUAUUCUUCCUGAGUGACAAUUGUCGUGAUCAUAUUUUCAAAUUUCCUCCAUUGAUAAUAAAAUUCUCAAGGAAAAUA